AAGUUUAGAAAAAAGUGUGCAGGAAAAGGACGUAGCAAGAGAUUAUACAGGGAUGCCCGAAUUAAUAGAUAAGAUAGUUAUAAAAUCAAGAAAAAGUGAAGGAAAUCGUUUAAAAAAAAAAGAACUAGAACAAGAAAAACGGAUAAAAAAUACUUUAGAAGAAAAACAAAUUGAGCGUGGAUCACUAGAUGAUUAUAUUUACAAUGAUCCCCAGAAAGGGAGAUUGACUAUGGAUGAAUAUGAAAUGUUGAAUUGGAGAAAAAGACGACAUACAGAACGGACAAAAUCACGUUCAAAAAAAACGCGUUUUUCAGAAAAUAAUGAGUACAAACAAGAGAAAAAUACAGGAGGAAAAGUAAGACAAGUAAGAUUAAAGGUGGGUGUGAAUCGUAGCCCAGCAUCAAGCUAUUCUACAUUUUUAUCACUCAAAUCAUCGUCAAAAGUGCCGCGUACCGAAAAUCCACUUUUCAAACCUCUUCAUCUUUUUUCAAAUACAAAAGGAAUUUUACAAUCAUCUAUUCGAUCGACCAGUGAUUUGGAACAAAAACUGUUACAAAAAAAAGAUACUUUUAAUAAACAAAAAAACAAGGAAACUCUGCAUCUUUCUUCUCAACAAAAACCUACAUUACUAAGACUUUCAUCUUCAGCAAUACCUGUCAAAAGGCGAAGGGUUGGGCGUCCAAAAAAGGUUAAAUUCAGCCCUAUUAAAAAUUUCAUGAAAAAAACAAAACUUGAUAUAGGAAUUUCCGGAAUAUAUACAAGAAACACAAAUCACAUGUCAUUUCAAAUGCAACCGUCAUCACAAGAAGAUCCUACAAAGUAUAACGAAGAUUUUUGUUCCGCUUGUAAAAGAUAUGGACGAUUUCUUUGUUGUGAAUCAUGUCCAAGAUCGUUUCAUUUUUCAUGCAUUGAGCCUCCUAUUGAUGAAGACGACCUUCCACAAGAUGCAUGGCACUGCACGCUUUGCAGGACAAAGAGAUGUCCACCACCCAAACAGCCUCGAGGGCUUUUUGCUUUCCUAAUGGAGUACAUUAUUAGAAAUAAUCCUAAAGAAUUUAGCCUUCCUCUUAGCAUUCGUGAAUACUUUGAAGGAGUAUCUACUGGUCCAGAUGGAGAAUACCAAGACCUGGUGGAACACAGGAAUCAAAAGUGCGGUCGUCAAAAAAUUUUUGAAGAAAGAGAUCCAUUUCAAUUAGAGGACAAAGAUGGUAACCCUAUACUUUGCUACAAAUGCUCUGAAAAUGCAAUGAAUGGCAAAGCAAUUGUCUCUUGUGAUCACUGUUCGCUUCAUUGGCAUAUUGAUUGUAUUGACCCACCUAUGAGCGGUAUACCUGCUGCAUCGCGAAAAUGGAUGUGUCCAAAUCAUGCAUAUCAUGUAACCCCUAAAAUACGACAGCCUAAAAAAUCGAAAAUUUUAGAUGUAUGUUUAAAAAGGGGAUUUAAGAAUAAUGGAAACAUAGAAAUUGAUAAUACAGAAGAGGAAUUAUUAGAAAAAAAGGAAAAAUAUUCAUUUGAUGAUACGUAUAUUAUAAAUAAUAUACGAUACCGGUUACCUGAAAGUGGAGUUAAGCUAGAUUUUCUGGAUAAAGUCAGAACACUACGUAAAUCUCAAUUGUCUCAAAAAUCCCAAAUAAAUAACAAUAAAAUUCAAUCAAAUACAUUAAAAGAAAUACUUCCGGAUACAUUAGGUCCACUAGAACGUGAAAUCAUUAAAGAUUUAAUACAACUUAGACUAGUUGAAGUUACGCCUCAAGAUCAUAAAAAUCUUACGUCAUUAAUUACGAUCGCUCAGAUGGAGCUUGAUGCUUUCAAAAAUUAUGAAAAAAACGAAAACUCAGAAAAAGAUAAUAUAAAAACAGAGCAUAAAAUAUCAGAUGAAGAACAUGCGCAAGUUCUUACAAUAAAAAAAUUAAUAAAAAUCAAAGGAUAUUCCGCACUUGUAGAAUUUCUAACCACAUAUUAA